CCGGACUGCAUCCGCCGCGGCGUCUCCAUGGCACGACCCUGGCCUCCGACUUCAACGACUUCAUAAGGAGACGGUUCUGGGCGCAGCCGUGCCGCUCUUGGACAGUUGCUGUGCGACUUGGACAGUAGAGGAGCGCCUCCCAAGUUUUCAUCCAACUGCCACCCCCAAAGCUUCCACCCUCCUCCCCUCAGAGAGAGGACGUUUGAUGCCCGGCCCCUGAGAUUCUCAUUGGCAAGCCCCUCUGGGUCCCCCUGAGCAGAGCCUGCCGAUCCAAUUGCCCAACUUUGCGGCUUUGAUGCUUAGCCAUGUCUGCCUCAUCCUCAGGCGGCUCCCCCAGGUUUCCAUCGUGUGGGAAGAACGGAGUAACGAGUCUCACACAGAAAAAAGUCUUGAGAACACCUUGUGGCGCACCCAGUGUAACUGUGACGAAAUCUCAUAAGCGCGGAAUGAAAGGGGACACCGUGAAUGUACGGCGGAGUGUCCGGGUGAAAACCAAGGUACCUUGGAUGCCCCCUGGAAAAUCAUCUGCCCGGCAUGUGGGAUGCAAGUGGGAGAAUCCACCUCAUUGCCUGGAGAUCACACCACCAUCUUCAGAAAAGCUGGUCUCGGUGAUGCGAUUGAGUGACCUUUCUACAGAAGACGACGAUUCUGGUCACUGUAAGAUGAACCGUUACGAUAAGAAGAUUGACAGUCUAAUGAACGCGGUCGGUUGUCUCAAAUCUGAGGUCAAGAUGCAGAAAGGUGAACGCCAAAUGGCCAAAAGGUUCCUGGAGGAGAGGAAGGAAGAACUGGAGGAGGUAGCACAUGAGCUUGCAGAGACGGAGCAUGAGAACACAGUGCUCAGACACAACAUCGAGCGCAUCAAGGAGGAGAAGGACUUCACCAUGCUUCAAAAGAAACACCUCCAGCAGGAGAAGGAAUGCCUCAUGUCCAAACUGGUGGAGGCUGAAAUGGAUGGGGCGGCUGCUGCCAAACAAGUCAUGGCCUUGAAGGAUACCAUCGGGAAGCUGAAAACCGAGAAACAGAUGACUUGCACCGACAUCAACACCUUAACGAGGCAGAAGGAACUUCUCCUGCAGAAGCUGAGCACCUUUGAAGAGACCAACCGCACCCUCCGAGAUCUGUUGAGGGAGCAGCACUGCAAAGAGGAUUCCGAGAGACUAAUGGAGCAACAAGGUGCAUUACUGAAACGUCUGGCAGAGGCCGACUCAGAGAAAGCGCGCCUGCUGUUACUACUGCAAGACAAGGACAAGGAAGUGGAAGAACUCCUCCAGGAGAUACAAUGUGAGAAGGCUCAAGCAAAGACAGCGUCUGAGCUUUCCAAGUCCAUGGAGUCCAUGCGGGGGCAUUUGCAGGCACAGCUUCGCUGCAAAGAGGCUGAGAACAGCCGCCUGUGCAUGCAGAUCAAGAAUUUAGAGCGCAGUGGGAACCAGCACAAGGCGGAAGUAGAGGCCAUCAUGGAGCAGCUAAAGGAACUGAAGCAAAAGGGAGACCGAGACAAAGAGACCCUGAAGAAGGCCAUCCGAGCCCAGAAGGAGCGAGCUGAGAAGAGUGAGGAGUAUGCCGAGCAGCUACAUGUGCAGCUGGCCGACAAGGACCUUUAUGUUGCUGAAGCUUUAUCUACUCUGGAGUCAUGGAGGAGCCGUUACAACCAAGUUGUGAAAGACAAAGGAGACCUUGAGUUGGAGAUCAUCGUCCUAAAUGACCGGGUGACAGAUCUUGUAAACCAACAACAGAGCUUGGAGGAGAAGAUGCGGGAAGACCGGGACAGCUUGGUAGAGAGACUGCACCGGCAGACUGCUGAGUAUUCUGCCUUCAAGCUAGAGAACGAGAGGCUCAAGGCUAGCUUUGCCCCUAUGGAGGACAAGCUCAAUCAGGCUCAUUUGGAGGUCCAGCAACUGAAGGCAUCAGUGAAGAACUACGAGGGGAUGAUCGACAACUACAAGAGCCAGGUGAUGAAAACAAGAUUGGAGGCUGAUGAAGUGGCUGCGCAGCUAGAGCGCUGCGACAAAGAGAACAAGAUGCUUAAAGACGAGAUGAACAAAGAAAUCGAGGCGGCCCGUCGGCAGUUCCAGUCACAGCUGGCUGACCUACAACAGCUGCCUGACAUCCUCAAGAUCACGGAGGCCAAGCUGGCUGAGUGUCAAGACCAGCUGCAGGGCUACGAGAGGAAGAACAUCGACCUCACAGCCAUCAUUUCAGACCUGCGCAGCCGGAUCGAACAUCAGGGGGACAAGCUGGAGUUGGCGAGAGAGAAACAUCAGGCUUCCCAGAAGGAAAAUAAACAACUGAGUCAGAAGGUGGAUGAACUGGAGAGGAAACUGGAGGCCACCAGCACCCAGAAUGUCGAGUUCCUACAGGUGAUUGCCAAGAGGGAGGAGGCAAUCCACCAGGCUCAGCUGCGGCUGGAGGAGAAAACGAGGGAGUGUGGGUCCUUGGCGAGGCAGUUGGAGAGUGCCAUUGAAGAUGCCAGGCGACAGGUGGAGCAAACCAAGGAACAGGCGCUCUCCAAGGAACGAGCAGCCCAGAGCAAAAUCCUGGACCUUGAGACCCAGCUGAGUAGGACCAAGACAGAACUUGGCCAGCUACGCCGGACUCGUGAUGAUGUGGAUCGAAGAUACCAGAGCCGUCUGCAGGAUCUGAAAGAUCGCCUGGAGCAGUCUGAAAGCACCAACCGCAGCAUGCAGAAUUACGUCCAAUUCCUCAAGUCCUCCUAUGCAAAUGUGUUUGGGGAUGGGCCCUAUACAUCCUCCUACCUGACCAGCUCACCCAUCCGCUCUCGGUCUCCUCCUGCCUGAGGCCACCUAUCCAGGGUCUGAAGCCCUUGCAGGAUGCCAGACAACUGUGGCGUUACCAAACCAUAGCUAGCAAGCCCACUGGGUCUCAGAUGUGAUCAGGGGUCUGUUCCUCAACUAAUGCCAGCAAAGACCCUAGAGCAGCCAGGGAUGAAUCAGGAGGGCUCUGGUUCUCUUUCCUGAUCUGGGAACCUGGUGGAAUUCUCUAAUGAUCUUCACAGCCUUAUAUUUGCUAUAUUAGGUACUAGAUUUUUAAAUCCCUGUGACUUUACAGAGUCUUCUUCCUUUCCUCAGGGAAUGUUUGUACAGACUGUUCCUGCAGAGAUGCCCUUCUCUUUUGAAGCAUCUCUGUCUUGGGUUUCUUUGAGCUGAAGUUGCAGGAGUCCUUCUCUGACUGUGAAGGCCUACAUUGCUUUUUCUUUCCUUUUUAUUUAUUUAUUUUUUAUUUUUAAUAAAAAUAGAACUUUAUUUGUAUUAAGAAAUAGUGAGGGGUUGGGGAUUUAGCUCAGUAGUAGAGCGCUUGCCUAGCAAGCGCAAGGCCCUGGGUUUGGUCCCCAGCUCCGAAAAAAAGAAAAGGAAAAAAAAAUAGUGAAAACAUGUAAAUUAGUAACUAAGCCUGUGCUUUUAUCAGCAUAAAAAUAUGACAGAGAGAGAGAUGCAACGUUUGUUAGAGCUCAUGGAGGUAAGAGGCUCACAGCUCCUAGCUCCCGUGAAACCUGUAGCUACAAAUGUCAUGAAAAUAUGUUGUUGUAAUAAGUCCCUCAUUACAUAGCAACUGGCAUGUCAGAGCUACAGCAGGUGUGUUCACAGUGAAAUGUUUGAACACAGACCGAACUGUGUGGCACGUGUGCUUGUAACCGUAUGUUCUGGUUUCACAGUUCUGGUAACACUAACUGACCACCUCUUACUGCAAGUAAAGUAUAGAGCAGUGCAGGAAUCCGCCCAUCAUCCCAUCACAGAGGCCGUGGUGAUCUGUGUUGUUCCAGCAUUGAUGGAUAUGCUACUGAAGGGGAGUCUGCUUUUCUCUCCUUGGUGAGCAGGGCAGGAAGCAGUGUUUUCCACAGUGCCAAUGGAAACCUCCCAUGUCUGCGUUUCCUAUAGGCCACUGGUCCUCAAGCUCGUCACAGACGCUCAUGGCCAUGCAGCCUGACAUUCAAAUUCCUAUCUCAUUGUUUAUCCUUUCUUUGCAUCUCUGGGAUUCAUUGAUUUUUGACAUUUUUGUGUGGUUUUACAGGAAAUAAAGUUUUUAUAGUCAGUUAUGUCAGACUCCUCUGAUUUCCCUUAUCACCCUCUCCUUAUUUUAAAAAUGAUGAAGCUGAGGGAGGUGACACACACACCUGUCAUAAUCACUUGGGAGUUGGAGGCAAAAGGAUCGGUUCAGUGUUAGCCACAGCUACAGAGUGGUUGAGGCCAGCCUGUGCUUCAUGAGAGCAUGUCUUUAUUCAGACAAUCAUUUUUAAAUGACUGAAUAGAGUCAGAGUUGGAGAACAUUA